AUGUCUGGUAAGAAGAAAUUGAAUGAUAAUCAGCUGUUCAAGCGGCAGAAGGUCCGGGAUGCAAGGCAGAUUAGGACCGAGUCGAUCAAGAACGACCGUGAAGGUGAUGUCUCUGAAGCUGGUGGUAUGUUGCAGGUGGGCAAUUUCAUCAAUUCCAGGCGGUAUGAGAUUCAAAGCUUGCAGAUGGCGAUGAAGAGUUCCAAAUCCUCCUCUUCUACAAGAGUCUUUCAGGCAUUGCCUAGGAAGUUGCGUAGACGGACUGCAUCUCACAAUGUGAGGCGAAUUCCCAAACGUAUGAGGAACAGAGCUCUGCGUGAGAUGAAGAAGAGCAAUAUCGAUGAUAAUAAGGGCAAGAAUGCGACUACUGAAAAGAAACCUGCAAAAUCUAAGUACAAGGCACAUGGUCUCACAAAGCGGCAACUGUAUAAAAUACGAAUGGCCAUCAAGCUUCUAAGACUGGCUUCUAGGUCCACCUCCUUGCAGUUAGCAUUGCCUAGGAAUGUUACUUUAAAAAACACAAAGAUCAGAAACAAGAUAAAUACUUUAAAAAAGACAAUCAAAUCUAAUUCCAGUCGCAGAUUAAACUCCCAAGCGCUGAAUAACAAGAUGGGCAGUUAUGAUAAUAUAGGUAUUAAUAGUUUAGCAUCAGCACCCAAAAUGAGGGUCAAGUAUCUUAAGAGACAAAGAUUUUUCACAUGGUUACCCAGCCAUAUCUGGAAUGCAAAGAGAUCGCAUAUGAUGAAACGUUGGGGUUACCAAAUUCCCUGGUCACCAACCCAGAAGUGCUUUAAAUUGACUCAUAGACUUGGCGGCUCAACGGCUGCAUCUGAUGGUGCACUUUGUAUGGAUUCGAGUUUUUUUGGAACGAUGAUUUUAGAGGCCUCAAACCCUGAGAGUCAAAAUGAAUUGGAUAAACUAGCAGGACAACUAACAGCAAAUAAAGUGACUAAACAGAAGUACAAAAAUGGCUAUAAGUGGUAUGAAGGCAUAUUUUAUGAUCCCAGCCAAAAUUUUGAUAACAUAAUAGGGAUUGGAGAGAUUAUGUGGAUAACAGAUUCGAAACUAUUGAUAAGACUGCAUCCAGCUCUAUAUGGGAAAGUAUUUGAUGAGCUUUGUGCAACGUAUAGUAAUAAGAUAAAGUUUACGGAUUCACGCUUUGCUUUGGCCAGUUUCACAGUAAAAGGUGCUAAGGCUCUAACCGCAAUAGCCUCGGUUAUGAGGUCCGCAAAACCUUGUGAAUCAUAUAAACAGCUGUUAAGUGUGGCAAAAUUGUCUGAUGAUUCAAUACUUCCAAAAUAUACUAUGUUUGCAUUUGACGCUAUUGAUCCGAGAUAUCUGAGCAAGCCGCAACUACCAAAUGUUACCUGUGAUUUAAAUCAGAUCACUAACAAUAUUUUGAAUAUUCAAAAAUCGUUUCCAAAGGAAGAAAUAUCUAUGGUUUUCAAUAAAUUAGCGGAUUCUACUUCAAGAUAUGAAUCCUACAGAAAUCAACACACAUUGAAGAUGAUAGCUAAGAAAAAAAGCAUUGCACUAAGACAGAACUCAAAUAAGACUGGGACAAGUAACUUGCUGCCCUUUAAUGAUGAAACUGAUCCAAAAAUACCAAUCUCUAUAAUAAAAAGAGAAAAAUCUGAUGACUGGCUUGUCAUUUUGCCUUGGUUUUGGUUUUUGCCAUACUGGUAUCAAAUUAAUAAGAUAUCCAAGGUAUACCAUAUUGGAUUAAGACAAGUUCAACAACUUCAAUAUGAGAAAAAGCAAUUAUAUUUUCCAGAUGAUUUUCCAUUUACUAAGCAAGGUUAUCUAGAGAAUAGCGUAUUUAAAAGGGAAUCAUCAUAUGCACGGUGGCAGAGAAAGCCGUUAGGCAAAAGGGUGAAUUAUGAGAAAAUCCGGAACAUUCACUCAAAAUGUCUGCCUACAAUUGCAGGUGAGCUUGGCGAUCCGUUUUCAUGUGACUGGAAAUUACUUCAAAUAUUACGGAAUGGUUUAAAAUUUCUUUCUAAGCAAGGUACACCGAUUCAAUACAUUGACGAAAAAAGAACCGGGCAGUUUGAUGAUAAUCAGAACAGAAUUGUUAGAAACGUUAACGAUCUGUUUGAAUUAUACAAGGAUGUUAAAGAUAAUGCAGAUAUCGAUUCACCAACUCUACCUAUUCAAUACAGGCAGGGAAGCAAAGCUUACCCCGCAAUGGACAUAUCAAAACCAGAUCAUAUUCUAAAUGUUCCGCUCUCAAUUACUCCAAUUUCAGCGACAUUGAUAGAUAAAGGAAGGCCUAGUGAUAACUCCAGGAUAUACAGUAUACCCGAUCAAGACCUCAAUUUCUGGAAGCAAGUUGCGGGCGGUAUCUAUCAAGCUAAUGGUAAGAAAUUGCAUGAACAACAGAUUCCGAAACCUGAACUCACCAACUUGAUAGGGUUUGCUACCUCGGGGACCUUCCAUUUAGGUCUGGGUAGAGGAAUGAUAAAUGGUUUCAUUGACAGUGAGGCCUUAAGAGAUAAUAAAUCAAGAUUUGUGUUAAUUCGUAACACUGGUACUGAUGUUUAUCGGUUGGCUAAGUGGGAAUCAAUUAGUAUAUAA